CGGAUUCGGUUUUCUCUUUCGAGACAGCAGAGAGAAAAUGAAGAGUGGAGUUUAGCUCCAAAAGGCUUGUCUGAUCAUUCUCCCUCUCCCAAAGGCCUGUGACUCAUCUGAGUCUGUCCCAAACCAUCUCUUGCAUCUACGGGCUUAAGUGCACUGUGGCUAUUUACAUAAAACUUUAUUACUUUAAAGCUCUAAGGGCUCAUUUUGUGUUUCCAACUUUCCUAUGUUGAUAAAGCAAAUAUUAGAUCCUUAUUUAUAAAUAGGGAAGACGUUCAGAGAGAUUAAACAUUUGGGCAAUUCACUUCUCUGGCAGCAGUUUCUUUCCCAGUACAAUGAGGCAACAACAAAAUAUUUAUCAUUCUGGACUUGCUCAGAUUUAGGCAGCAAUUUGGAAGCAAAGUCAGUUUCAUAACUCAGAUGUGUCUCCACUAGAACAUUAUGAGAAACAAAGUCCGGCGCUCUCUAGGCAACCGGGAGGGCUUGAGCACUAACUAGAUCUGCUCAAGGGCAAGAGAGGAGCGAGUACCGUGCAGCCACGGAACGGACUUUGCGGGCAGUGGGGACGUGUUUUUGGAGCGAACCCGGUAAAGGAAGUGUGCUACGCCAUCAAGGGCCCCCAGUCCCGGCUGCCGCGGGGACGGUGCAGGGUCAUUAGCUGUUGAGCCGCCCCGGGCGGGCCCAAGCCGUUGGGUCUCAGGUGACCGGCACAGGCGGCCGCGGGGUCCGGAACUGCUUGCUCCGGCAGUGGAAGAGACGGGCAGGCGUUGGCCGCUGCUGCUAGCAGCUUGAACCCCAGGGUCGGGACCGAUGGCGGCUUGGGCUGCUGCCAGCCUAAGCAGGGCCGCUGCCCGAUGCUUGCUGGCACGAGGCCCCGGGGUCAGGGCGGCUCCUCCGCGCGACCCCCGGCCCUCCCACCCCGAGCCCCGGGGCUGCGGUGCCGCUCCGGGCAGGACGCUGCACCUCACCGCGGCUGUCCCCGCCGGGCACAACAAGUGGUCCAAAGUCAGGCACAUCAAGGGUCCGAAAGACGUCGAAAGGAGUCGCAUCUUCUCCAAACUCUGUUUGAACAUCCGCCUGGCAGUGAAAGAAGGAGGCCCCAACCCUGAGCACAACAGCAACCUGGCCAAUAUCUUAGAGGUGUGUCGCAGCAAACAUAUGCCCAAGUCAACGAUUGAGACAGCACUGAAAAUGGAGAAAUCCAAGGACACUUAUUUGCUGUAUGAGGGUCGAGGCCCUGGUGGCUCUUCUCUGCUAAUCGAGGCAUUAUCUAACAAUAGCCACAAGUGUCAAGGAGACAUUAGACAUAUCCUGAAUAAGAAUGGAGGAGUGAUGGCUGUAGGAGCUCGUCACUCUUUUGACAAAAAGGGGGUGAUUGUGGUUGAAGUGGAGGACAGAGAGAAGAAGGCUGUGAACCUAGAGCGUGCCCUGGAGCUGGCAAUCGAAGCAGGAGCUGAGGAUGUCAAGGAAACUGAAGAUGAAGAAGAAAAGAACGUUUUUCAAUUUAUUUGUGAUGCCUCUUCACUGCACCAAGUGAGGAAGAAGCUGGACUCCCUGGGCCUGUGUUCUGUGUCCUGUGCACUAGAGUUCAUCCCCAACUCAAAGGUGCAGCUGGCUGAGCCCGACCUGGAACAGGCCGCACAUCUCAUUCAGGCUCUCAGCAACCAUGAGGAUGUGAUUCACGUCUAUGAUAACAUUGAAUAACCAGGCUACAUGUGCCCCCGGGUUCCUUCCUAGAAAUGUGGCAGCCCAUUCCAGCACACAGGCUUCUGCAGCAAUCUCUGAGGGUAAAGCCGGUGGGAGGCUCAGCAGGCCAGGAGGCCCAAGGCCAGGACUUGCGACCUUGAAGCCAAAGGAAUCUCACUUGUGGGGCCUCCUUGUCAGCUCUGCUGCUGUCUCAGAGCCAUCUGGAUGAGUGUCCAGACACCCUCUUGGAUGCAGGGCGGGACCACCCAGCUGGUCAGACUCUGAUGUUGGGUAGCUGGCCUCUGUGGGGAUUGUAAGUGCCCUGAGGCGCUCUGUACUAGAAACUGCUCUUAAUAAUAACAGUGAUUAUUGGUUGCUGCA